UUCCAAUAAUAUUUAACUUCCUACUAAGCUUGUUCAUUAGCGCAGGAGAGAGAUGAGAAGCCGGCACAAGGAGCUGGGAGAAGUCUGGGCAGCCAUACAGCAGCACAAAUGGCAAGCAUGGCUCUGCAGCUCCUGGGGUUCUCUGUGGCCCUCAUUGGCUUCAUCGGGACCAUUGUUGCCACGGUGCUGCCACACUGGUGGAGGACGGCUCAUGUUGGCACCAAUAUCAUCACGGCUGUGGCAUACAUGAAGGGCCUGUGGAUGGAGUGUGUGUGGCACAGUACUGGUAUAUACCAAUGCCAAGUUCACCAGUCCCAGCUGGCACUCCCAAGAGACCUUCAGGUAGCUCGGGCCAUGAUGGUUGCCUCUUGUGUCCUGUCAGUUCUGGCUUCUGUUGUGUCAGUCUUUGGCAUGAAGUGCACCCAGUGUGCCAAGGGAUCCUCAUCCAAGAGGAUGAUAGCUGCUUUUGGGGGGACCUUCUUUGCCCUGGCCGGCCUUAUGUGCUUGAUUCCAGUUGCGUGGUCUACUAACGAUGUGGUUCAAGACUUUUACAACCCAGGACUGCCUUAUGGGAUGAAGUACGAGAUUGGACAGGCUCUGUAUGUUGGCUUCAUCUCAGGGGGGCUAUCGGUGAUCGGGGGUAUCAUGAUACUUUCCACAUCAUGUCAAAGGGACAACACUCCUCUACCCUACACUCCUCAAAGACGCUACCCCAGAAAGGCUCCAACCAGCAGAUCUCAGCCCGUCAACAAAAGCAACCAUGUACCAUCAUGGUCUUCUGCUUCUCGCCAUGGCUACCACCUUAAUGACUUUGUAUGAGAGCACCUCUAUAAGCAGGGACUUGUUUAAGAAUUCCAUGGGAUUUCCCCAUACUUCCAUGAGAAAUUACUUAUGUCAAUGUUUUCUUCCUAUUAAUGUUUACUUUGCAGAAGGAACUGAAACCCAGAUGUGCAUUUGGGGCAAUAGACUAUACCAUGCCAGUGGGAAGAGUAUUAUUGCCUACCAUCUGUCAUUGUCUACCAUCUGUCAUUGUCUAUCAUCAUUCAAUGCCCAGUCUUUUUAACUGUGAAAUAGUAUUAAUAUCCAUCACUGCUAUUUGAUUGGGUGUUAUAUGUGUUUAAUUGCGGCUUCAAAGGGCCCAACAUGGAACGGAGAACCCGCCCAACCUUCCCCCAUCCCUAUGUACAGUAAAGUGGAUCCUAGAUUAUUAAAUCUCAGCCUGUGAGUAUGGGCAGCAAGGGUGUAUAAACUUCAGUUGUUGUUGUUUUUGUAACUGAAGGGGGCAAUAAUGUGAUAUUUUGUACAGGGGGCAAUUUACCCCAAAUAAAAAAAAAAUAGUCUUGUAUAUACAGUAAAUGUAAAUGUAAAAUAUACCAGAUCAAAUGUAAUGGAUAGAGAAGCAAGAAAUAAAAGAAAGAUGGGUUAUUAAGAAA